CAUUCAUGCUGUGCGAAGAAUAUGAUCUAGGCACAGGAUGGUAUCGCGAAUAGGACCCAUUGAUUUGUCGACAACACAACAAUAGACAUUCAUCAACAAUAUUCGCUUCCAAUUCAUUGCGUCCGUCGCCUUCCAAAAAUCGCAGUAAAAGUUUUCUUAUUCAUUGCCGCGCAAGUCCCAUUCAUAUACCACAAAUAUUAAAAAACCAAUCUUGAUCAUUACAAAAUCGCAAUCAUGGCAUCAACCUCAUCAACUCGACAACAGCCCUUUACAUACCUCUUCACCGACUCGAUACUCUGGUGCAACCCCUCUGACUCCCUCAUCGUCAAGGAGUGGCUAAAAUCACAACCAUCAGCCUUCCUUCCCUCGUUUCUAAACGAGUGUGUAAAAGUCAUCAACCUCCUGCACGAUCACUGGAGAAGAAAGGACUCUGGCGAUCCCACACCCGAGCGAUGGGCAAUCUGGACCUGCUUGUCGAAGUGGCCCAUCGAUGCUGCUGAGCUUGUCAAGCUCAUGCAGGGUUACGCAGAUGGCAAGUUUCGUGACGGCGUCACAAAGACGGGUGUUGUGAAUUUGAAGGAUGGCGACAUGGACGACAAAGUCUAUGCCGCCGCUCAAACGACCCUCUACCAAAAAGUCUUCAACAUCGGAGACCGCGAAACCCACCGCAAGCAACUCGAACGCAAUGCCGGUCUCCAGCCUCUCCAGCGUCCCCACCCUGGUAUCCAAAGAGCCCGUGACAAGCAUCAGAGAAGCACAGAAGCACGCAAGAAGAGAAGAUGGGGAGACAGAGAGGAAGAGGCAGAGGAUGAUGGAUUGGAGAAUAUGAGAAAGAUGAGUAAGGAAUUACCUUCAUUCUCGUUUGAUGAGGAAGUCAAGGUGGAGGGAAAAAAAGCAUGAAGAGCUCGUGUUCUCUGCAAAGGGCAAGGGAAAGGAGAAGAUCGAGG